CUGCCGCUGCUGCCGCCGCCCGCGCGCGCCGCGCGCCCCAAGCUCGCGCUGCCCAUCCGGCCCGACACGGAGCCGCUGCCCCCCGGCGGGGCGCCAGGCUGCGCCUUUGGGGGGCACUUCUAUGCCCUGGAGGAGACCUGGCACCCGGACCUAGGGGAGCCCUUUGGAGUCAUGCGCUGCGUUAUCUGCCACUGCGAGCCACAGAGGACCCGCCGCGGAAAAGCCCUGGGCAAAGUGAACUGCAAGAACAUGAAGCAGGAGUGCCCGGUGCCAGCCUGCCCCCGGGCCACGCUGCUGCCCGGCCACUGCUGCCACACGUGCCCCAAGGCCUUGCCAGGGCCCCCGGAGAAGAGCCCCGAGCCGCCCUUCGACGCCUUCGAGUACUUCCAGGACAAGGAGGACGAGCUGGACAAGCCCUACAACGACCGCUCCUACCUCAGCUCCGAGGGCCUGGCCCGCGACGACGCCCGCGCCGAGUUCGUGGCCCUGCUGACGAGCGGCGCGGAGCCGUGGCAGCCCACGUCGAGCGCGGUGGCCAAGGCGCGCUUCACGCUGCUGCGCUCCUCCCUGCUCUUCUCUAUCAGCUACGAGCAGCUGGGCCGCCCGAGCCGCGUGCGCUUCAGCGACGCCGAGGGCGCCGUGCUCUUCGAGCACCCCGUGCACAAGAGCAGCGCGGCCGCCGCCGACGGCAUGCUCUGCGGCAUGUGGCGCCCCGUGUCCAAGGCCAACGUGCAGCUGCUGCGCGCGGAGCAGCUCCGCGUCUCGCUGGUGACGCGCGCGCAGCCCUCCGGGGAGGUCCACGGGCGCAUCCUCAAGCACCGCGCGCUCUUUGCGGAGACGUUCGGCGCCGUGCUGAGCUCGGCGGAGCCCGCGCACCUGGGCGCCGGCGGCAUGGCCAUGCUGACGCUCAGCGACACCGAGAACAACCUGCACUUCAUCCUCAUGGCCCGCGGGCUGCUGGAGCCCGGCGCCAAUGAGUCACCCUGGGUCCCGCUGCGCGUCUGCAUCCUGCACCAGGGCCGGGUGCUGCGCGAGGUCCGCACCAACAUCACCGUGGAGGAGCCCGACUUCGCGGAGGUGCUCAGCGACCUGUCGGCGCGGGAGCUGCAGUGGCUGGUGCAGGGGCAGCUGCGCAUCGUGGCCGAGACGGAGGGCCGGCACCCGCGGCGCCUGGAGGGCACCAUCACCACCCGCCGCAGCUGCGACACCAUCCAGAGCGUGCUGUGCGGGGCGGACGCCUUGACGCCCACCAAGACGGGCGCCGUGGGCUCGGCCAAGCUGGCGCUGCAUGAGAACGGCACGCUGGAGUACCAGGUGCAGGUGGUGGGCACCGCCAGCGAGGUGCUGAGCAUCACGCUGGAGACCAAGCCGCGGCGCAAGAACAAGAGGAACGUGCUCUUGGACAUGACGCCCAGCUACCGGGACGGGCUGGCCCGGGGUGCCUGGCCGAGUCCCAGUGCCCGCGACGCCCACAUGCUGCUGCAGAACGAGCUCUUCCUCAACGUGGCCACCAAGGACUGGCCCGAGGGCGAGCUGCGCGGGCAGAUCAUCUCGCUGCCCUACAGCGGCCUCCUGGCCCGCUACACAGAGCUGCCCGUGGCRCUGGCGGGGCAGCUGGUGUCGCCGGCGGUGGGCAGCGGCGCCGGGGCGCACGCCUGGCUCUCGCUGGACGAGCACUGUCACCUGCACUACGAGAUCACGGUGGCGGGGCUGGGCCGCCCGGCCGACAGCACCGUCAGCGCCCACCUCCACGGCGUGGCCGAGCUGGGCGAGCUGGGCGCCCGGCCAACCCACCASCACCACAAGCGCCUGCUCAAGGGCUUCUACAGCAGCGAGGCGCAGGGGGUGGUGAAGGACCUGGACGCGGAGCUGCUGCAGCACCUGGACCAGGGCACGGCCUUCCUGCAAGUCAGCACCAAAGCCCACCCGCGGGGCGAGCUGCGCGGCCGGGUGCACAUCCCCAACCGGUGCCAGGCUGGGGGUGUCCGCCUGGCACUGGGGGGGCCGCAGGGGGAGGCCGAGUUGGUCGAGGCCUCCAAAGCCCGGGACGUGGAGCAGCUGAAGAAGGACCCCAACUCCUGCUUCUUCGAGGGGCAGCACCGGGCGCACGGCGCCCGCUGGGCCCCUGACUACGACAAGAAGUGCUCGGUCUGCAGCUGCCAGAAACGCACAGUCAUCUGUGACCCUAUCCUGUGCCAGCCGCUCAACUGCACCCACCAGGUGCACCCCGAGGAGCUCUGCUGCCCYGUGUGCGAAGAGAAGAAGGCCGGGCAGGAGGASCUGAAAGCGGAGCGGGCCCGGGACAGCAGUGAGGGCUGCUACUUCGAUGGUGACAAGACGUGGCGAGGCUCUGGCACCCGCUGGCACCCAGUCGUGCCCCCCUUYGGCCUCAUCAAAUGUGCCAUCUGCACCUGCAAGGGCACCACGGGCGAGGUGCACUGCGAGAAGGUGCAGUGCCCGCGCCUCACCUGCGCCAACCCCGUGCGCGCCAGCCCCUCCGACUGCUGCAAGCAGUGCCCAGCCGCCGAGAGGAGCGUCCCCGAGCUGGCCGACGGCAUGCAGGCGGACGGGCCCCGCGCCUGCCGCUUCGGGCGCCGCUGGUACCUCAACAACGAGAGCUGGCAYCCCUCCGUGCCGCCCUUCGGAGAGAUGAAGUGCAUCCUGUGCUGGUGUGUGUCGGGCGAGACGCACUGCCAGCGGCAGGAGUGCCCGCCGGGCGCCUGCGCCAGCCCCGCCGCCAGGGACAGCCCCUGCUGCGCCAAGUGCCGCGCCCUGGACGCCCCGCUGAGCAGCCAGGAGCAGGUCCGUGACGCCGAGGCCUGGAGCCGCUAA